CCCCUUUACUUCCAGCUGUGCAUUUUCUCGUCAUUGCGCCAGCGCUCACAUUUUUCUUAUUACUCAAUUGCGAGCCUGCCUUGGUCAACUCCUGCUCUCAGCAAUGGCGAUUAGGGUUUUCGCCUUCAUUCUUUUUCUUCUGUUAUCCUCUUCAUUCCUUCAAGUUACUAGAUGUGAAUCAGAAGCCGGAAAUGAUGUAAUUGAAAGUACUGAAGAAGAUCUUGGAAUUGUUGGUGAGGAUGUCCAAGAUUUUAGUGGUGGGGCUUUUGGUCCAGCUCCAGGAGUGGAAACGGUUUAUGUUUUCCCAAAAAACCCUUCUAGAGUUGUUCCAGCUGGGGAGGAGAGUGAACUUUUAGUUGGAAUGAAGAAUGAUGGGGAAUCAACUUUGACUGUUAUUUCAAUCCAAGCUACUCUUCAUCUUCCGUUUGACCACCGCUAUUUGGUUCAAAAUCUCUCUAUUCAGGGUUUUAACAAUGCAACAGUUCCCUCAUCUGCUCAAGCAGCAUUUCCAUACAUAUUUGGUGUCAGCAAAUUUUUGCAGGCAGGUUCUUUUGAUCUUGUUGGGAGCAUUGUUUAUGAAAUAGACCAGCAUCCCUACCAAAGCACAUUCUACAAUGGCACUAUUGAAGUGACUGAGCCUGGAGGUCUUCUCAGUGUGGAGUCCGUUUUCUUGUUUUGUCUUGGAGUUGGUCUUCUUGGCCUUUUUGGAUUCUGGAUCCAUGGUCAGAUCCAGCGCUUAUCAAAGAAAACUAAGAGGGCUCCAAAGGCAGCAAAGGUUGAAGUUGGAACUGGAACAAGAGAUGCUUCUAUGGAUGAAUGGCUGCAGGGAACGGCAUUUACCCAGUCACAAUCCAAAUCAAAGAAGAACUAAAAUGAGAGGAAAUUUCUAAGUUAGGUGGUUGAAUUUUGAGGAAAGCUGAAAAGCAGAUAUAGUUAUUUAGAUUCAAACAACCUACAUCAGUGUUGUAGCUCUACCUUGAAACCUUUUCCCAACGUUUGUUAAUGCCAACUGACUUGACCUUUGAGCUAGGAAAGAAACAAUUUUGUUAAACAACACCACUCAUUUGACAUUUCACUAUCUCAGUUUCGUUUGAUCUUAGUUAUACUUGCCUCUUUGAUUGA